AUGGCUUCAUUACACUUCUGUUCGGAAUGCAACAACCUGCUCUAUCCCAAGGCCGACCCCGACCGCCGCAUCAUGGUCUAUGCAUGUCGUAUCUGCGACUUUGAUGAGCCAGGAGAGAACAAGCUAGUCUACCGCAAUGACUUACUUACAGUCACAAAGGAGCAAGUCGGUGUCACGCACGACCUCCCAACAGAUACAACGCUUGCGCACGCGAAGAUGGUUUGCCCAAAAUGUGGGAAUGACGAUGCUGUCUAUUUCCAAGACCAGUCGAAGCGAAGAGAAACUCGGAUGAUACUCUUCUACGUCUGCACAAAAUGCAAUCACAGCUACCUCGAUCCAACGCUACCUACAGAUAGCAGACCUGAUAUAGAAUGA